AUGGUGCCAAAGCGAACGAGGUCUGCCAGGUGUGCAAAGAGCCCCGAGAAGAUCCUGCGCUUCUUCGAUGACUCGGAGGAGGCCGACAAAUCAUGCAACCCUGAGGCCGACAAAGCAUGCUGCCCUGGGGCCAGUGAUGAUGAGCACACCGAGGAGAAGCAAGUUGAUGAAGCCCCCUUAACGUUGCAAGGGAAGACCAUCGCUAUUGUGGACGUGGGGUUCUCAUGCAAGGACUAUUUGGCCGAGGCGGGGGCUGCAGGCGGGCCGCACCGCAUCGCGGAUGAGGGGGCGUGA